AUGCCGCCGGCGCCACCGGCCUCGGACAUUCCGACCAAGCCUACGUGUCCGUCGAGUCGCAAAGCCGAGCCGGGCGACACGGUCUUCAUGACGCUCGAUGACGGACCGUCGAUCAAGGGCCGGAAGAACCUCCUCACAGCGCUCAUGCAGAUCAACCAAACCAUCAGCUUUUUCGAGUCGUCUUACAACUUUUGCGGCGCCGAGACGUACUACGAGCAAGAGCUGCACUGCCAGUCGCCGAGUCCGUACAGCGAAGUCACCGACCUCUUUGCCUAUACCAUCAAGGCCGGCCACUUUCUCGCUGCGCACUCCAACACGCACUACUAUAGCAACUCGUCGCGGCUUUGCGAGUACGCCAACAUGGCCAAGUUCACCAAGAUCGACGCGCAGUACGAGUCGUGCGGCAACACGCCGGUCGCUGACAUGACCGCCCUCAACAACGAGUCGCUCUGGGACAACGACGACGAGUUUGCCAUGUACCAAAAGGCGAUGACCAAUAUUUGGACGUACGCGCGGCUGCCGUGCACGAGUGCUUGGCGGCUCCCGGGCUACCAGAAGAUCACGCUCUUGGGUCCAAAGGACGGGCUCCAGCCCGAGCUUGGCGCCCGCACCGAGGUGGCCGACGCCAUGUUCCGAGGCUCGCUGCCGUGCCGGAACGAGACCUUCCAGAGCAAGCCGUGGAACACGAUUGGGUGGGACGUCGAGGUGCGUCCAGACGGCGCCAACAACCUCCCGCCCAAGUGCAACAUUUUUCGCAACAUUGAACAAGGCUUUGGUGGCGGCCACGACCCGCAGCGUCGGCAAGAGGUCGUUGUACUUGGCCACGACUAUCACUACGACACACCCGAGAAGGCCAAGCUCUUCCGCGACGUUCUCGUCGAGCUCAAGCUCCAGGGGUACGCGCUCGACACGAUCGACCACCUCAAGACACACUAA